AUGUCAGCCCCACAGAAGAUCUUCGACUGUCACCCGACUCUCGUUGGCGUGCAGAUCAUCAACUACCACGUAUCGGCAGAUGAGAAAUGGCUUGUGUUGGUUGGCAUUUCAGGAAACACAAGCAACCCCUCAGCAUUCAAGGUCAAAGGCUUGGUACAACUUUUCAGCAGAGAGCACGGGGUCAGCCAGCCGAUUGAGGAUCAUGCUGCUGCGUUUGCCGAGCUCAAGAUGGACAGACACCAUAAGCCCACGAAACUGUUUACGUUCUCUGUCCGGACAGCCACAGGAGUGAAGCUGCACAUUGUCGAAAUUGACCACACAGUACCGGAUCCACCCUUCAUAAAGAAAGUUGUCGAUGUCUAUUUCCCUCCAGAGGCGACGAACGACUUCCCCGUGGCUAUGCAAGUGUCGAAGAAGCACAGUCGGUAUCGUAUACCUAGUGACGAAGCGACGAACGGUAUCAUUGGCGUCAACAAGAAGGGCCAGGUGCUCAGUGUCAACAUCGAUGAGCAGACAAUUAUACUAUACAUCCUCACGACGAUUAAUAACACGGAACUCGCAUUCAAGAUGGCUAGCAGCGCCAAUCUUCCGGGUGCAGAUGACCUGUACAUUAAGCAAUAUCAGCAGCUCUUCCGGACCGGUCAGUUCGGCGAAGCGGCGAAGGUCGCUGCGAAUUCACCGCGAGGUAUUCUUCGCACUGUGCAAGUCAUCGAGGCGUUCAAGCAUGUGCCAGCACCUCCUGGCGGUCUUUUUCCCGUUCUCCAGUACUUUGGUAUUCUUCUCGAGAAAGGUGAACUGAACCACCUGGAGUCACUCGAACUUGCUCGUCCAGUCUUGCAACAAGGCAGGAAGCGGCUCCUUGAGAAGUGGCUAGAGAACAAGGAACUUGGCGAUAUUGUCCGACUUCACGACAUGACCCUCGCGUUGAGUGUCUAUCUCAGAGCGAAUGUGCCAAAUAAGGUCAUUGUGUGCUUUGCGGAGAUGGGACAGAUGGACAAGAUCGUCCUUUAUGCGAAGAAGGUUGGAUACACCCCGAACUUUCUCGUCAACGAUGACUCAGGUCCGCUCAUGGAUGUCGAGUGGGUGGUGGACAUCUUCAUGUCGCAAAACAUGAUCCAGCCCGCGACGUUGUUCUUACUCGACGUGCUGAAGGAGAACAAGCCUGAGCAGGCUCAUCUCCAGACUCGUCUGCUGGAGAUGAACCUGAUUCACGCCCCUCAAGUCGCGGAUGCCAUUAUCGGUAAUGAGAUGUUCACGCACUACGACCGUCCACGAAUUGCCAACCUUUGCGAGAAGGCUGGUUUACUGCAGCUCUCGAGCACUACGAGGACUUGGGGAACAUCAAGCGUCAUCGUGCAUGCGAACGUGUUCCAGAUCGAUAUGAUGGCUCGUCAGCUACUUCAGUCGCCUUACUACUGA